AUGCGCCAACCACUAAACGCCGCUACUCUGCAAGAAGCUGUAAUUGUUCUCGCGGAGUUAUUAUUGCUGCUCACAUGCCACUGGCUGCCUUGCCAGGCUGCUGAUAACAACGAACGGGAUUUCACCAGCGACGUUUGCGCCGAGAUUGCUGCGAAUAGCACCUGCAACUGCACUUACAGCAGCAAAUAUGAUUCAGCUUCUAUAGGCUGCAGCAGCGCGGACGGUGGCACGCACAUACAAAUUUCAAUUUACGAGAAGACCGAUGUGGAGAUAUUUUGCACACCAGCAGUGGAUACGUACCCGACUGUAUCCGCAGAGCUGCUGGCGCGCGUACCGCUGCUUGGAGGGAUGCGUAAGUCACUCUUUCUUGGCGUUCACCACUGUGUGCGCUUCACCGAGUUGUUGGCACACAUGCAGUUGACGCACGUCAGCAUUUUGCAUGUACAUGGUCUUGGAAUGUUGCCUUUACUAACCGCACGACAUUUCGGAUAUAACCUUAGCUUUUUGCAGACGAUAAGUGAUUUGGAGUUGCUGGCGCAGCCACAACAGCGCACAUUGGACGCAGCCCAGCAGUUAGACGCUGAUUUGUUUACUGCUUUUACGUCACUUUGGAGUCUGAAACUCGACUUGAACUUCACGCAUUUGCCGCCGGGCAUUUUUCGCCCACUGGGUGCCAAUUUAAUUGACUUGAUGAUAUAUGGCGGACUGCUGGAAUUUCCACGCCCAGCGCUAGCACCACUCGCGUCUCUCAACUCGCUCACCAUGAUGCGUCAUCAGCUGACGGAUCGCUUACGCAAAGAUGAUUUUGAGGGGCUUGGCCUUCUCGAGAUUCUUACGCUACAUAGCUGCAGUAUUUCCAAGCUGCCAGCGCGGAUUUUUGAGCCACUGCCAGCGCUAAAGCGGCUGCGCCUAACCUCAAACCAAGUGCGGGAGCUUCCUACUGCGCUUUUCGUGGCACAAAAACGCCUACAGGUGUUGGACCUGAGUCGCAAUGAGCUCGAAUCGCUGCCACCUGGCUUAUUUCACCCGUCCACAAUGCUAGUGAGCUUGACUUUGUCACACAAUCGUUUGCUGCAGCUCAGCGCGCAUACACUACCUACACUACACGCGCUGGUAGAACUUAAUUUGGAUAACAAUGGCUUGCGCGCAAUCGCCCCCGGCAGUCUGGCGCAAGCGCAGCGGCUGGAGAUACUUAUGCUCUAUAACAAUCAGCUAAAUUGGACAAGCGCAGAGGCGUGUGAUGUGCUCGCGGGUCUGCGCAGCCUCAACACGCUUCAACUGCAGAACAACUCGCUACAUACCUUAUGCGCACAGCUGAGCGCGCCCAACCACACCACCAGCCGCCUGCGUUUGCUUGAUGUACGAUACAAUAGCAUAGCGCGCUUGCCCGCGCAGCUAAUCCGCACGCUGAACGACAGCACGUCGCUGAAAGACUUGUAUCUCUCGCAUAAUCCAUGGACGUGUGACUGCAGCGCCGAUUUGCUGCAUGGCUUCGUAAAGCACAAUCGCUUGCGUUACCGCGACAUGCUUGAAGUGCGUUGCGACGAUCCGCAGAUGCCGCCGCUCGUUGAACUAACCUACCGCGACUUCUGCCUACCCGAUCUAGGCGUGAGCUUGACAUUUGUUUUAGCCUUCACUGUGCUUUCGGCCCUCAUCCUGCUGGCCGUCAGCACCGCGCUUUGCUACUACAAAUACAAGCUGCAGCUGCAAAUCUGGCUUUACGCGCAUCGGCUGUGCUUGUGUUGCAUCAGCGAGACUGAACUGGAUCGUGAUCGUAAAUAUGACGCCUUCAUCUCUUACGCGCAUCAGGAUGAGCACUUUGUCGAGCACGAGUUGCUGCCUGGCCUCGAGCAUGGUACGCCGUCAUUCAAGGUGUGCAUACACGUGCGUGACUGGCUCGCAGGCGCCUUUAUAUCUGAGCAGAUCAUUGAUUCAGUGGAACAAUCGCGCCGCACAAUUAUUGUCUUGUCACAACAUUUCAUACACUCCGACUGGGCGCGCAUGGAAUUCCGCAUGGCGCAUCAGUGCGCCUUGAAUGAGGGACGUACGCGCAUCAUACUGGUGAUCUAUGGCGACUUGGAGAACGCGGAGUUGCUGGAUCAAGAGCUGCGUGCGUAUCUGAAAAUGAAUACGUACUUGAAGUGGGGCGAGCCGUGGUUUUGGGAGAAGCUGCGCUAUGCUAUGCCGCAUUCGCGCGUCCGCUGGGAGGGCGACGAUUGCGGCGGGAGGAUGCGUUCUGAUGAGAUUCCACUGCAUGCGGCUAUGCUGAGGGCAUGA